AUGACAGGAGCAGGAGGUUCAUGGGAUUUUCUGAGGAAUAAACGUUUGUUUGUUCAGUUGGCAGCAGACAUCCCGAGGCAAACCCUCUCUCCAGUGAUCAGAGCCAUUGUCUGGACAAUGCUGUCUUCUGGCAUCUUGUUGGCACUCUGCUUUCUGUCAUUCACCCUGCGCUUCAAAAACAACAGGAUAGUGAAGAUGUCCAGUCCCAACCUGAACGUUAUGACUCUCUUUGGAAGUAUCCUCACAUAUAUCAGCGGCUUUCUGUUUGCAGUCCAGGAGCCAUUUCCCACACAAGCUGAGGUGCCUGUUACUAUGCUUCAAGCUCGGAUGUGGACACUUUGUGUUGGAGGCACCCUCGUUUUUGGACCAAUUUUGGGGAAGACCUGGAGACUUUACAGAGUUUUCACUCAGCGUGUUCCAGACAAGAGAGUGAUCAUUCGAGACAUCCAGCUGAUUGGCAUGGUGUUUCUCCUGAUCCUGCUGGACAUUCUGGUUCUCACCACUUGGACUCUUACAGACCCUGUCAGGUGUUUGCAAUUUGACCGAGAUGUUGCCAAGGUGACUGAGAGAGACGCCUCCUACCCGUUGUCACAACUGGACUCUUGUUCAUCUGAUUACUCAAAUAUAUGGGUCAUCAUUACCGCUGUUCAGAAAGGUUGUCUUCUCCUGUAUGGCACUUACCUGGCUGGGCUCACCAGCAAUGUCAGCCAUCCUCCAGUCAACCAGUCUCCCACUAUCAUAACGGCCGUCACUCUGGUUACCCUCUCCUCCGCUGUGGCCGUCCCUGUGUUCGUCUACCUGCACACCUGGACCAACCUGGUCUACAGCACUGUGGCUGGAGCCAUCUUCAUCUGCACACUGGCCACUAACUGCAUGCUGUUUGUGCCGCAGUUGACGCAGUGGCGGCAUUUUGAAGAGGAUCAGAACAACCCGAGUCAGAUGGCCAAGUAUUUCAGCAGCCCCAGUAAGAGCCAGCCGUCUGUGUACAGCCAGGAUGAGUUCUACUUCCUGCUGAGGGAAAACAGCUCAAUGAAAAAGCUCCUGAGCGAGAAGAAUGCUGUGAUUGAUAGUCUUCAGGAGCAGGUAAACAAUGCCAAGGAUAAACUCCUGAGGCUCAUGACAGCAAGCCAGCCUAUCGUGGACCAGGAUGUUGAUUCUUCAACUACAAAAUUCAACUCCUCCUCCACACAGGCAACUGAGGUUCAGUCUGAAGGAACCUCCUCUUCUUCUGUCUCUCAAAGAGAUGCAAAAUCAAGAAUUUUACCUCCUGCUACCUCUGAUGAUCUCACUCUGCAUCCCCAUAUCUUAAAUGCUCCUAUGAAGUCUUUUGAGACUUUCUCUGUCCAAAACUCGGUGGAUUUUAACAUAGUUUCUUCCCCCUUCACUGAUGACGGACCCCCGAGUGGAACCCAGAAAGAUGUCGCUGAAUCUGAAAGCAGAGACAUAGAAGGAUCCAGAGUGAGAGAGCAGAAGCAGCCUUCAUCCCUUACAUUUCCUGGAAGGACAGCAGAAGAGGCUGUUCACUUUGUUACUUCUCUUCAAAACCAUAGAAAACUGAAUCCCUCCCAGGUUGAACUCAUCGGUCAUGGUGGCCUGUCACUGCAGAUGGGGGCAAAUCCAAAACUGACUGGUUUUGUCAGCAGCGAGAAGCUGCAGGAGAUCAUCCAGGAGCUGAGCAUUGCUGCAGCCACAGAAGCAUCUACAGCCUCUUCUCAACCCAAACGGAACACAUUAUCCCCUCUGUCCCUCUGUUCCUCUCGGUCACCUUCUGUAUUCAACUACCCAAGUAUCUCUCCUUACAUGAUGAGAAAACGCCGGCGUCGCUUCCAAACCUCCAGGAGAACUUUGUCCCCUUCCUGUUUCUACACAGGCUCAGAUGUUCCCAAUUUAGGACUAAAACAAAACGCCUGCGAACACCAGAAUCCAGCUGAUGCACGUUCUUAUGUUCAGGCCAGUGUCUCGGAUUUAGAAAAGUCAGCGGAGGAGAAUGAGGGGGGUAGAGAUAAAGAGGAGGCAAUCAAGAACUAUCCAAGUUGUGCUAUGAGGUCUGAGAGAUGCCCACUGUGGCGUUGUGCUGGACAGGACUGUUCGCCUCAGCAUGGCGUGGAAGAGAGCUGCAGCAGCAGGCAACACCAUCGGUGCAUCAGAGAUUCGAGUGGAUACUGGGAUUCAGACUCUAGCAGCUCCACGGAUUACUGCUACUACCAUCGACCCUUCUGUGAUUCCUGCCUGCAGCGAGACUCCUACCUCUGCUCAGACAGCUCGUCAGACUCGUCUGACGGCGAAUAUGAGGAUUAUACGGACCUUUACCGACCCCCACGACCCGUUGUGUUCAAAGAUGACCUCAAACCUACUUUAGUAUGA